AGUCGCUGGUUUGUUGAUUUGAGGUUAGGUUACUAUCAACAACAACACGCUCCACAAGGCUUAUAUAUAUAUUUAAUGCGGCGUUUGAUGUAACGAUUUGUGAUAUUAAGCGAUGUUAAAAAUGAGCAAUCAAUUGAAAAGAUAUUUAUUUUGGUUUGCGCACGAGCACGUUGAUUUCCGGCUCGCCGAAAUGGAAUCUAUAUUUGACAUGUUUAACAUUAAUCCAUGCACAAUGACGAGGCCGAAGGAACAUCCUUACUGGAUUGUAGAUUUACCCGACGAAAAUAAAGUGCAUCAAGUCGCCAGUAGAGCAGUUUCAUUACGCUUUUGUUUGGAGCUUUGGGCGCAAGAUAAACGAAAUGAAAAUUUGCACAGUUCUUUGAAAGAUUACUCAGUCAAAAAUUCGGAGGCCAUGGCGAGAGACAAGAAAAAAUCAUUUAAGAUCGUAGUGGAGACAUUCUGUAAACAUUUCUCGCAACGUGAAAAAAUAAAUAAAAUUGAAUCUUUCAGUUAUCUACCUUUUGAAGGGCCAGUUAAAUUGAAAAAUCCAGAUAUCACUCUAUGCUAUAUAGAAUAUUAUGGACUUAAUCCCAAUGACAUUCCUGAAGAACCCUAUGAAUAUUUCUUUGGAAGAUGGAUUGCCGAUGGUCAGCGAGAGUUAAUUCAAAAGUUGUCACUAAAAACUAGGAAAUUUAUAGGAAAUACGUCAAUGGAUCCUCAGCUGUCGCUGAUAAUGGCGAAUCAGGCACAGAUUAGAAAUGGGGAUCUAGUUAUUGAUCCGUUUGUGGGAACAGGCUCCUUGUUAAUUGCCGCAUCUCAUUUUGGAGGAUAUACAUUCGGGACUGAUAUCGAUUUUUUGAUGCUUCACGGCCGCACGAGGCCUACACGGAUAUCGCAAAAGACAAGGGAAAAAGACGAGAGUAUCGCAGCAAACAUGCAUCAAUAUGGAAUGAGUUCUUAUUUUCUCGAUGUCGUGGUGGCAGAUUUUUCGUAUCCCUUGUGGCGGGCAGAUUUAAGAAUUGAUGCUAUUGUAACGGAUCCACCUUAUGGUAUAAGGGAAGCUACUGAACGUAUAGGUAGUAUGAAGAUCAAUCCGGUGAUAGAAGAGCAUCAAGCAACCUCUCACAUUCCAUCAAAAAUUGUUUAUGGCCUGAAUCAAAUAUAUAGAGACUUGUUGUGUUUCUCCGCGAAACAUCUGAAACUUCAAGGUAGACUGGUCUGUUGGUAUCCAUUGUUUAGAGAUCAGUACAUGGAAGAUCAGUUACCAGCACAUUCUUGCUUGGAGCUGGUAGCCAAUUCCGAACAAAUAUUGAGCAACUACACGAGUAGAAGAUUAUUAACUUACAAGAAAGUUAAAGAACCGGAGGCAACCGACGAGAGUGUUAUCAAGAAUUUAACCGAUUUCCGUGAGAAAUAUUUUGCAUUACGUGAGGAAACGAGGAAGGAAAAACGAAUGAGGAAAUCCGCAGAAAGAGCGAAGAGACGAGAGGAGUGGGAACGUAGUAACAAGGAAGUUACUGAAAGAUGACUGUAGAGUAAUCUUGUAUAGUAUUAAAGGAGCAGACUUCUAGACCUUUCAAUUUUAUAUAUCUUCCAUUGCGAGAAGAUAUAUAAUUAUUCAAAAUUACUUAUCAAGAUGUGACUAAUUUUACAAUUCUUGUUUAUUAUGUACAGAAUAGUUGUAGAAGUUGAUAUGAAAACAAAGUUAACUAUUACAACAAUUUAGAAAUAAAUGAUAUUUUUUGACA